CUAUUUCAUGGCAUCCUUGCAUUGUCCUAACACAGAACUCACAUGGAACCCAUAAUCAAAUCAUUAACGAAUCGUUUUUAUCUUGUCUUCUUCUCUCUCUUAUCGCUGCCUCGUUGUCUAACCAUAAAAAAAAAAUGAUAUGAAAUAAAAUGUGUUAAUCAUGCAUCAAUCAAUCAAUCAAACAACCAAACAACCAAAUCAUUGCAUAACAAUCACAAUGUGAACAGGGCAACAAUAAGAACAUUUUGGUAAAGAAGGUUUUCAUUUUGAAAGGCGGUAAUAAUACGUAAUGAUGAGCCAACGAUAUGACCAGCGGCCCUGGAGGAGGUGGAGGAGGAUCCGGGGGCGGUGGGCAGCCAGCGCAACAGCAACAACAUAAAUGCAACAACAAUAACAGCAGCAGCAGCAGCAGCGGCGGCAACAGCGCGGCAGCAACAGCAACAGUGAACAGCAGCAAUACUCAGACGACAGCAGCGGCAGCAGCAACAACAACUGCAACUGCAACUGGUGGAACCCUGCAGCGACGUGUGUUGCGCGGACAUGCGGCGCAAACAACCAGCGGGGAGAGAGUGUUGCUCAUUAACUAUGUGCCACAAUCGGGAACAGCAGGAACAACAUCGACAACUUCCACAGUCAGCACAUCAACACAGUUGCCCACACGCAAGAUACUCCAGGCCAGAGCCACGGCGACAGCAGCAGCAACAGCAGCAGCAGCUACAACAACAUCAGCAGCAGGAACAGCAGUAGGAGCGGGCACAGCAGCAGCAGCAACAACAAGUGUUGCUGCAACAGGCGAUGCCAUCACAACACCAACAGUCUCCUUUGCUGGCCUCGGCUCUGAGGUGACAGUCACACUGACGCGCACAAAUCAACGUGCCAGCGUCACAAAUGUCACAGCCGCCGGUCAUAUUGUUAGGAAUCAACAACAGACAGUUUAUCAGACGACGAACACAGCGACAUCAAGCGGAUCAACGAGCACAACACCAAUGCAUGAGACAGUGCAACAUAUUGCGACACCAACAACACCGCCACCAUUGCGUUGGCAGCAGCAACAACAGCACGAAUAUCAACAUGAACAUCAUCUGGUGGAACAAGAACACAUUAUCAUUGAUCAUCAUCAGCAAUCCGAUGCAGAUGAUCAGUUAAUCGAAUACGAUGGCAGCGAGGGUGUUGUUAUCGAGGAUCAUCAGCAGCAGCAUCAGCAUCAACAACAUCAUCAUCACCAUCAGCAACAGCAACAGCAACAACAUCAUCUGCAUCAUCAUCAACUAGAGCUGCAAGAGGAUCUGCAGGAUCACGAUCCAGAGCAGCAACAGCAUCAUGAUGUUGUGCAGGAGGUAUAUUUGCAGUAAAACAGUGUUAUAUAAUUUUAUAUAUUAUAUAUAUUAUAAACCGAUGCAUAUUAGCUCUAAGUAUACGUAGUAUAAGCUAAGGUUUUGAGUCUUCAUUUGAUUCUACAUAGAAUGCCUAUUAUUCACUUUAACCAAGUUUACUCAAAUUAUUUGUUAAUUCAACUUUUUAAGUUGACUUUUGUCGAAGCUUUAGCUCACACACGCUGCACACGUACGCUGAAGCUUUGCAAGCUCAAAGCACAGUGGAGUGUGCAGAGUUUUUUAGGCAAAACUUCACCAAUACAUGUACAUUUACCAAUAGAAAUACUUUGUAUGUAUUUAUUUCUUAAAAGUCUAAAUUGUAUUGUAUAUAAACGUAGAAACAAGAAAUAUAUCUAAUAUUAAGUG